UUAUUUACGCAAUUUGAAAUUUGAUCUAUAAUUGGCUGUCUCUGUGGAUAAAAAGCAAUUGUCAGAAAAUUGAUUCACUUGUUGAGAGCUACUAACAAGACAAUAUCAUAAAGUUGUGAUAAGAUUGGAAGAAAAUGAUGGAAGCUUUUGAGUAAAACACAUAAAAAUGGCGACAAAAACUGUAACGUUACUUUUAUGUCUUUACAUCACAAAAACAAUUCUGGCUGGAAGAUACGCGGACACAAGAGAAUAUUUCCGUCAAUUUAAACGUCAAUACUCUUACUUCUAUGACAAGGAAGACGAGGAUAGAAAAGUAGACAUGGAUAACUAUAGGCUUGUUAACGUUAAAGAUAAUUAUAAAAAGCAGAUAAACGAGGAAAGUUUUUACUCGAGCGUCCCAAGAGAUGCAUAUUUCGAUAGUCGUUUCGAUGACGAGAAGAAAAAUUUCUUUGAUCAAGGUAGAAAAAAAGCUAAUUGCAAGUCUAAUCCAAUUUUCCAAGCUACUGAACAGGAUUUGGACACCAUAAUUAAUACCUUGCAUAGAAUGAUUUUAUUUUGGAAGAGAAACUACAAAAAAAUUAUAGUGGAUGGUUUAUUUGGAAUGCGUGUGGCAGAAGGCUUUGCAAAGGCUGCAAUGAAUUCCGUCAACCGCGGCCAUUCUUAUUAUCAAAAAAUAAGCGCGUUAUACAACAUCAUGCAUGAUGUAAGUGAAAGAACAUAUGAAUACAUUCGAAAGCAAUCAAGCGAUUAUGUGCAAACAUUUUUAAAAAUUAUGGAUCGCCCCUUUUAUUUUAAGAGACCUUGGAGAAGAUUCAACCAAACUUUAGUUUGGAAUGUAGUUAAGGGGAAGACAUUUGAUGAAAGUGCCAGUGACAAAUGUAUUUCGCUGUUGCUUGGCGAUAAAAAUCAACAUCCAUGUAAAAUCACAGCCAACUGCUUAAAGUUAGAGAGAAUGAAAAAAACUUCAGGCUACACUUUGACUCACCAGGCGCUGUACUUUUUAUCUGGAGAAACUCACGGUUGCCAUGACCACUUAGUAAAAAGAAUUGGGAGCGAGAAUAAACUAGGUGAAUUGUAUAAUGAAUUCGGCAGCAACAUUUACUCUCAGAUGAUGAAGAUGAAAGUGAGGAAUGACGCAGAUUCUAGAGAUAUAUUCGCUGAGCAAGCACUUAUCUGUGCAACGCUAGGCGUCGUGGAUUGUUUUCGGAUGGACAAAUUAAGAAAAGCGUUGCGAUGGGUUUCCCGUACUGGGUGUAUUUACGAUCCAAAUCAACCAAAAAUAGAGAAAAGAGUUGAAGCAUUUAUCGGUCGAUGCUCUCAACAUCUCACUUCCGUUGCAAUGGGAUACUAUGCAUCACAUUUGAAAUUAAUAUUGGAUCCUCCAGAGUGUAGUUUACUACAGUAAACGUGUUCACCUUUAAUGAACAAGAUAUUUAAAUUGGUUUGUUUUAAAUGUCAUAUGAACGGAU